AUGGACAUUAGAACAAGAAAAGGGCUACUCAAUGCAAUGGCUGGAAAAGUGGGGAAAAGAAUGGAUGCUCUUUUGAUUCCUCUCGAGUUAUUAUCCUGUGUUUCUCGAACCGAAUUUUCUGACAAAAAAUCUUACAUAAGAUGGAAAAAGAGACAAUUGAAUAUGUUGGAGGAAGGACUUGUGAAUCACCCAGUUGUGGGAUUUGGAGAAUCUGGUCGCAAAGCAAGUGAAAUGAGGAUUCUAUUGGCAAGAAUUGAAGAAUCUGAGUCAUUUGCACCUUCUGUGGGUGAACUUCAACGCAUAGAAUGUUUAAGAUCUCUAAGGGAGAUUGCCAUUGCACUUGCAGAGAGGCCAGCUCGUGGUGACUUAACUGGUGAAGUAUGUCAUUGGGCAGAUGGGUAUCAUUUGAAUGUCAGAUUAUAUGAGAAACUUCUUUCCAGCAUUUUUGAUGUUCUAGAUGAGGGGAAACUAACUGAGGAAGUGGAAGAAAUACUUGAACUUCUAAAGUCAACGUGGUGUAUCUUGGGAAUAACAGAGACUAUUCAUCACACCUGUUAUGCAUGGGUGCUAUUCUGCCAGGAAUUGCCCUUGGUUAUGUUUAUGGUGGAUGGGUAA